UCUUUCUUUCUUUCUUUUAUUUUUAUUUUCAAUGAUGCGUUUCCAGUCAUCGGUGCUUUGCAUUGCACUUGUUGCACUUGCCAUUGCUGCUGCCAAUGCAGACGACCGCAUUGUGAAUCUGCCUGGCCUGCCCGCCAGCCUCGCCAACCUCGAGAUGUACUCUGGCGCGGUCGUCGUCAACGCGACCCACCAGCGAUCCCUCUUCUACAUGCUCGCCAUGUCCCAAGGCGACAAGAACAGCGAUCCCCUCGUCGCUUUCCUCAACGGCGGUCCCGGCUGCUCGUCCCUCGGUGGCGGCAUGAUGUCCGAAUGCGGCCCCUUCUUCCCCGAUGCCAACGGAAACCUCCUGGAAAACCCCAACAGCUGGAACAAGAUUGCCAACCUGCUUGUCGUCGAGAGCCCCUCUGGCGUCGGCUUUAGCACCUCGCAGAACACAGCCGACUACAACACUGGCGACGUCCAGACCGCCCAGGACUGGCUCGCCUUCCUGCUCAUCUUCCUCGCCAAGUACCCCCAGUUUGCCAACCGCCCCUUCCACAUUGCCGGUGAAUCGUACGGCGGACACUACAUCCCCCAGCUUGCCAAGGCCAUUCUCGACUCGAACGCUGCCGGCAUCAACCCCAAGAUCAACCUCGUCUCUUACAUGGCUGGCAACCCCUGGACUGACACCACCAUUGACAACAUGUACACUGCCCAGAGCUGGUGGGCCCGUGCCAUCAACUCGUACGAGACCUGGAACGGCAUGGCCACCUACUGCGAUUUCGGCAAGAUUGGCCCGCUCGCCGCUCUGGAAGUCGCCCAGUACAACGCCCCCGACCCGCUCAAGUGCCAAAAGUUCGUCACCGCCAGCACCAACGAGAUGGGCAACAUUGACAUUUACGAAAUCUACCAAGACGUCUGCCUGGCUGGCCCCGACGGCCGUGUCGGCGCUCGCAACAACCACGGUGCUCACCUGCUCAAGGCUCUUGCCAAGGGUCCCGACGCCCACCUCACCAUCCUCGGCCACCUUGGCCGCCGCAUUCUCGAAGCCGAGAAGAGCCGUCCCCAGAAGCUCCGUCGCGAUCCCCCGGUCGAGCCCUGCAUUGACGACUUUGUGCAGACCUACCUCAACCGAGCGGACGUCCAGGCUGCCAUCCACGCUCCCACUCUCUCCUACGGCUGGAUGGACUGCUCCAACAUUGUCAACUACUCGUACAACGAUCUGCUUGCGUCCGUGCUCCCCCUGAUCCAGACGCUCACCAAGUCUGGCAUCCGCAUGCUCAUGUACACCGGUGACCAUGACGGUAUCAUUGCCUCGCUCGCCACAACCACCAACGUCCGCGCGCUCAACCUGACCGUUGUCCAGAACUGGCGCCCGUGGAUUGGCAGCGACCAGCAAGUCGCUGGCUUUGUCGAGACCUACAACGGCAUGACCUUGGCGACUGUUCGCGGUGCUGGUCACAUGGUUCCUUACAUUCAGCCCGCUCGCGCCUUCGAUCUCUUCAGCCGCUGGGUGAACAACAAGCCGCUGUAAAUCGAGCCAAGCCCUGAUGAGCAUUGCGAUUUUGCUCUUCCCAGCACACCAGUGUGUUUUCGUUUGUUUUUCGCAUUCCAAAAUAAACAAGUGCUGCGUCAGUCCGUUUUGUUGGUGCACAGUUUUGCUCUAGUCUCAGUCAUAUUUUUUCGC